AAUGGCGGCCCAGGCUGAGUUUUCUCCAGCUGCACCGGCUUUUGUGAGCCGCAGUGAUGGCUCUCCCUUUCCCCCGAAGGCUCUGUCUGCGGAUGCCGCUCCGUUCAGCCCUCUGGGACCGGACGGCUGGCAGCCCGGUCCGCCGUCGGACGCAGAGAGACAGUUUAUCCGCUGCUCCGCCAAGCUCAGAGCCCUGCGGCCAGACUCCAGUCAGCUCCGGGACGAGCUCAACCUGCUGUUUGACCAACUCCUGUCCGAAAACUACAACAGAACCUUCAACCCCAACAUCAGCAUCAGACCAGAGGAUGUGUGCAGUCUGUUGAAACACGCCAGCUCUCUAGUGCCAUUGAAUCAGGAACAUUUAGUUGUCAAACUGUGCCAACUAGUGCACCAUCUGCUCAACCAGCUGAAGGUAAUAAUGGAUGAGCUGACAUUGGAUGUGCUGGUAAACUACACUAUCCGAGGGUUGAAAGUGUGCAGCGCAUGGACACACUCUGAUGUCCUGUUGGCGCUCUCCACUAUAGUGUAUGGAAAUGGACCUCAGUGCCACCAGCACCUCAGUGACUUACUGGGGGAAGAUGGAGUCCUCCUUGUGUAUAGCUCUCCAUCUCAGCCUGAUAUGGAGUUGCGACGUGUUGCUCUUACCUGUAUGGCAAACAUCUGUCUCAGGAUUCCUGGUCAGCCACCUUUGGACGAUCAGUACAAAAGUGUAUGUUUCAGAGUCUUCCUGAAAACACUGCAGUCGCUCAGACCUCCCGAUACAGAUGAGCUCUUCUACUGCAUGUUGAUUCAGGCAGCACUGAAAGGACUUCAGAGCUGUUUGUCUGGUGGGAAGUGGAAGUUUGGCGGAGGGGAGGAGCUUGGAUCUGCCUUUGCCACACUUAAGAGACUCAUGUUCCAGGGAACUCCAGGUGUGAGUGUUGAGUGGCCAGCUGUGCUUUACCCAGCACCUCUUCCACAGUAUGAAGGACUUUCUUCACUAAAACCACCAGAACCGCCAAAAACAACUGAACCACCAAAGAAUGCUGCUGCACAGGGCAAAUCCUCAGGGAAUAAAAAGAGGAAAUCCAGAGGAAAGGUGAAGAAGAUGUCUGCAGAGGAAAUCAAAGGCAAUGAUGGUGAGGAAGAGGAUACAGAGGAUAUGGCAGUGGCUCAGAAAGCAGCAACAGGAGGAAGAGGAAAAGAGGGCAGUGGAGGUGAAGGAGGGUCUUUAUCCAAACCCUUUGCUCCGUCUCUUUAUCCCUCCUGGAAACAAAGCAGUUCUGAUUCUGAGUUUUCAGACCCAGAGGGUGGUGCACAGAGCAAACUGAGACUGUACCACGGACGUGUACGUCAGGGAGCUCUGUAUUGUCUACUAGCAGUUGUGAAAGGUGUUGAGAAGCGAACUCUUUACGGGUACUGGUCAUCCUUCAUUCCUGAGUCUCCUAUUGGGGGACCACCACCUCUCACUCUUCUCACGAUCAUACUCAAAGACCCCUCGCCCAAGGUACGUGCAUGUGCCCUUCAGGUGUUAUCGGCUAUGCUAGAUGGUUCUCGUCAGUUCCUUGGUGUGGCUGAAGAUACCGCCUCUCCUCGAACAUCUUACACUCCUUUCUCCUUUUCUCUGGCUACUGCCAUCAGAGAGCUGCACCGUGCUCUCAGUCUGGCUCUUCUUGCGGAAACCUCACCUCAAACACUCACACAGAUCAUAAAGUGUCUGGCUUACCUGGUGGCCAAUGCACCCUAUCAUCGUCUCAAACCUGGUCUUCUCAGCCCCCUCUGGAGACAGUUGCGUCACUAUGUGCGCCACAGAGAUGUAAAUGUCAGAGUGUCAGUUUUGACACUUUAUGGGGCUCUGGUGACAACUCAGGCUCCUCUUCCUGAAGUGCAGCUUCUCCUGCGACAGCCGGAGAACAGCAGCACCGGCGCUGGUUCGUUCACCCCACAGGACUCCACCCUCAGCUGGAGGCAGAGAGAUGGAGUGUCCUCGCCUUCUCGCACGCCAGUCACACACUCCCCUCACAAUCCUCACACACCGAGGGAAGAGGACAGCAGUCCGCCAUGGCUGCUGCAGCUGUGUGUGUCACUGGUGACUCAGCCAAGAGAGGACCAAUCAGACAGCGAGGGGGCGGGAUCAGGAGGAGCUGCUGCUUUAGAACAUUCACCUGUCCGGUUGGAAGCAUUACAGGUUUUGUCCCACUUGGUGCGUGGUUACUUCACUUUAUGUCAGCCAUGUCUGUAUGAGAUUGGUCAGGUGAGCGCUCGCUGCCUCAGCGAGACAGACCCCUCCAUACAGCUCCAUGGGACAAAGCUACUAGAGGAGUUGGGGACAGGAAUAAUUCAACAGUACAGAGCAGAGAACAACAUACCUGAGAGUGUAAGGGUUCCUAUGAGCCUGGUGGUGCAGUUUUGGUCUGAUGUCCUGAGUGGGCCGCUGAAUGCUGCUCUACAGAAUGAACAACAUCCCACCCUGCAGACGAGUGCCUGCGAUACACUCUCCUCCAUCCUACCACAGGCCUUCGCACAGCUGCCGGAGAAGACCCAACUCAUGUGCAUCACUGUGCUUCUGGGGCUGACCUACAGUGAAAACUACCUGGUGAAGACUGCAGCAGUCAGAGCUCUGGGAGUUUACAUUCUGUUCCCCUGUCUGAGAGAGGAUGUGAUGUUUGUGGCAGAUACAGCUAACACUAUCCUUGCCGCCCUCGAUGAUUGGUCUGCAAACGUCCGUGCUAAAGCUGCCUGGUCCUUAGGAAACCUUACCGAUACACUUACUGUUAAUAUGGAGAGUGUAGGUGUGGACUUUCAAGAGGAGUUAUCAGAUAUGCUGCUGCUGAAGAUGUUGCAGGCAGCCACAAAAGCAUCAGCUGACAAAGACAGAGUGAAGUGUCACGCUGUGCGAGCGCUGGGGAAUCUGCUUCAUUUCCUGCGUCAGAGUCAGAUGACCCGCUCUGUGUUUCAGCGACCACUGGAGGACGCCGUUCGUGCUCUGGUCAAAACUGUCAAAUCGGAGGCUACGAUGAAGGUCCGAUGGAAUGCCUGCUAUGCCUUGGGAAAUGCCUUCAGAAACCCCGCUCUGCCACUUGAUUCAGCCCCGUGGUCUGAAGAUGCCUUCUCUGCCCUCUGCCACGUCGUCACUUCUUGUAAAAACUUCAAGGUGCGGAUAAAGUCGGCCACUGCCCUGGCUGUUCCUGCACAACGCAGCUGUUACGGGGACACUGAGCGUUUCAACUGCGUGUGGCGCUCUCUGGCUACAGCACUUGAGAACAGCGAAGACACAAAUGACUUCUUAGAAUACCGCUACAGUGCCAGCCUGCGACACACACUCUCACAAGCCCUGUUACACCUGCUUAGCGUCUGCCAGGCACAGGACAUGCCCGCCAUCGGGGCGUCGCUGGCAGGGGAGGAGGGGAAGGGCAUCAGAGUGCACUUAGUUAAAUAUUUGAGAGCAGAGGAAGGAGGAGUAGGGGGAGCAGAGGAGGAGAAAGAUGUAGGAGCGGACAGUUCUAACCCUCAACAGAGACUCAGGGGUCUACAGCAGACCCUGAUCAGACUGAAGACACUGAAGGCUGAAGGGGAGAGGUCGCAAGAGGAGGAGAGUCAUAAAGAGGUUGUCGUGGAGUUCUUGGAGGAUUUACUGAAGAGCUGCGAAGAAUGAUGUGGAGUCAUAUCUGGACUGUAGCUCAGGAUUUAACAAAACUGUCUCAAGUCCAACAGUUUGGGCUGUCCGGGUUCACACAGAUCAGAAUCAUGACAGAACCACGGUUU